AUGGCCGCUGCUGUCGCAUCCCCCGGCGAAGAGAUCACCGCUGGCUCUUAUGUCGGAUUCGACUCCAUCACUCGCCAGAUCGAGCACAAGUUCCUGAAGCGUGGUUUCCAGUUCAAUAUCAUGGUGGUCGGACAAACCGGUCUCGGAAAGUCCACCCUCAUCAACACUCUUUUUGCCUCCCAUCUUGUUGACUCUAAGGGUCGCUUUGAGCCAGAGAUUGCUCCUCGCGCGACUACCGAAAUCGCUGCUCAAUCCCACGUCAUUACCGAGAACGGGGUCAAGCUUCGGCUCAACAUCAUCGACACCCCUGGCUAUGGUGACAAUGUCAACAACGAAGGAUGCUGGGAUCCCAUCGUCAAAUACAUCAAAGACCAGCACUCUGCCUAUCUCAGGAAGGAGCUUACUGCCAUGCGAGACCGACACAUCCCCGAUACCCGUAUCCAUUGCUGUAUCUUCUUCAUCAACCCCACAGGACACACUUUGAAGCCGAUCGACAUUGUCGUCCUCAAGAAGCUUUCCGACGUUGUCAAUGUUGUCCCCGUGAUCGCCAAGUCUGACUCCAUGACUCUUGAGGAGCGAGCGGUUUUCAAGGAGCGAGUCAUGGCCGAGAUGCAAUACAAUCAGAUCAGGAUGUUCCCCUUCGACUCUGAAGAGCUCGACGAGGAAGAGCUUACUCUCAACGAGCGGGUCCGGGAAAUGCUCCCAUUCGCGGUUGUCGGCUCUGAGCGAAGCGUCAUCGUUGACGGUAAACCCGUCCGAGGAAGGAAGAACAGAUGGGGUGUCAUCAAUGUGGAGGAUGAGGCGCACUGCGAGUUUGUCUACUUGCGAAACUUCCUUACCAGGACGCACCUCCAAGAUCUCAUCGAGACCACCGCUCAAGUCCAUUACGAGACCUUCCGAUCGAAGCAGCUUCUUGCCCUCAAGGAGUCCUCCACAAAAGCUCAACAAUCUUCCAUCUAA